GCCCGCGGAGCGCAAAGCGCACGGAGUGCACGGAGUAACCGGACCGCGCAGACAAGCAGAUACCCCGAGGAGCAGUCACCAUGUGCGGAAUCUUCGCCUACAUGAACUACAGAGUCCCUCGGACAAGGAAGGAGAUUUUCGAAACCCUCAUCAAGGGCCUGCAGAGGCUUGAGUACAGAGGCUACGACUCUGCAGGUGUGGCCAUUGAUGGGAAUAAUCAUGAAGUCAAAGAGAGACAUAUUCAGCUAGUCAAGAAAAAGGGAAAAGUCAAGGCUCUGGAUGAAGAACUUUACAAACAAGACAGCAUGGACUUAAAGGUGGAGUUCGAGACACACUUUGGUAUUGCCCACACACGCUGGGCCACCCACGGGGUCCCCAAUGCUGUUAACAGCCACCCGCAGCGCUCAGACAAAGGCAACGAAUUUGUUGUCAUCCAUAAUGGGAUCAUCACAAAUUACAAAGAUCUGAGAAAAUUUCUGGAAAGCAAAGGCUAUGAGUUUGAGUCAGAAACAGAUACCGAGACCAUCGCCAAACUGAUUAAGUAUGUAUUUGAUAACAGAGAAACUGAGGACAUCACAUUUUCAACACUGGUUGAGAGAGUCAUUCAACAGUUGGAAGGUGCAUUUGCUUUGGUUUUCAAGAGUAUCCACUACCCAGGAGAAGCUGUUGCUACAAGGAGAGGCAGCCCACUGCUCAUUGGAGUGCGGAGCAAAUAUAAACUCUCCACAGAACAGAUCCCCAUCUUAUAUAGGACAUGCAAUAUUGAGAAUGUGAAGAAUAUCUGUAAAACAAGGAUGAAGAGACUGGACAGCUCCACCUGCCUUCAUGCUGUGGGUGAUAAAGCAGUGGAAUUCUUUUUUGCUUCUGAUGCAAGUGCCAUCAUAGAACACACCAACCGGGUCAUCUUCCUCGAGGAUGACGACAUUGCCGCAGUGGCUGAUGGGAAACUCUCCAUUCAUCGAGUCAAGCGCUCAGCUAGUGAUGACCCAUCUCGAGCCAUCCAGACCCUGCAGAUGGAAUUACAGCAAAUCAUGAAAGGUAAUUUCAGUGCAUUUAUGCAGAAGGAGAUCUUCGAACAGCCAGAAUCAGUUUUCAAUACCAUGAGAGGUCGUGUGAAUUUUGAGACCAACACAGUGCURCUCGGUGGCUUGAAAGACCAUUUGAAGGAGAUUCGACGGUGUCGAAGGCUCAUUGUAAUUGGCUGUGGAACCAGCUAUCAUGCAGCUGUGGCUACACGACAAGUUUUGGAGGAACUGACUGAGCUCCCGGUGAUGGUUGAACUUGCUAGUGAUUUUCUGGACAGGAAUACACCUGUGUUCAGGGAUGAUGUUUGCUUUUUCAUAAGUCARUCAGGCGAGACUGCAGACACACUCCUGGCUCUGCGYUACUGUAAGGACCGCCGAGCCCUAACCGUGGGUGUCACCAACACUGUGGGCAGUUCCAUCUCCCGUGAGACUGACUGCGGUGUCCACAUCAAUGCAGGGCCAGAGAUUGGUGUGGCCAGCACCAAGGCUUACACCAGCCAGUUCAUUUCUCUGGUGAUGUUCGGUUUGAUGAUGUCUGAAGAUCGAAUCUCACUACAAAGCAGGAGGCAAGAGAUCAUCCGUGGCCUGAGAUCUUUACCUGAACUGAUCAAGGAAGUGCUGUCUCUGGAUGAGAAGAUUCAUGACCUGGCUCUGGAGCUGUACACACAGAGGUCACUCCUGGUGAUGGGUCGGGGCUACAACUAUGCCACUUGCCUGGAAGGAGCUUUGAAAAUUAAAGAGAUAACUUACAUGCACUCAGAAGGCAUCCUGGCUGGAGAGUUGAAGCACGGGCCCCUGGCGCUGGUUGAUAAGCAGAUGCCUGUCAUUAUGGUCAUCAUGAAGGAUCCUUGCUUUGCCAAAUGCCAGAAUGCCCUGCAACAGGUCACAGCCCGCCAGGGUCGCCCAAUUAUACUGUGCUCCAAGGACGACACUGAAAGUUCCAAGUUUGCAUAUAAAACCAUAGAGCUGCCCCACACUGUCGACUGCCUCCAGGGAAUCCUGAGCGUUAUUCCACUUCAGCUUCUUUCCUUCCACCUGGCUGUUCUCCGAGGAUAUGACGUUGACUUUCCAAGAAAUCUGGCCAAGUCUGUCACCGUGGAAUGAAAACAAGACCAUAAGGAGACCAUCACCACCUUUGGUCUGCUUCAAGACCCAUCCCAACUACAGGGAUGCCACGUGGGGAAAGAGGGCAUUCUGCGUGUUCCCAGUAGAGCUGACAGCUUCAAUGUGCCUUGUACCCAAGUGCUUUUGCUUAUAGCAAAUACUGUUUCUCUGUGUCCUGAAGUUGCCAAGGAGAAGGGGAUCAUUGUUUACACAUGGGGAUCAGAGCAGACUUUUCCACUACUGUGCAAUAGAGAUACAGCUCUCUUCAGAGUAACUGUGAACCUUUUUUUUUAAACCAACACUAGUUAGUUUUAAAAGACAAAAUAUUUAUAAUGAUGAUUGUAUAGCUUUUAAGUUAUUUUUCUAGUAUUUGGCUUUCUAUAGCCAUGGUAAUGCCCAGACGUGCAUCUCAGCUACCCAGUGUGCUGUUUCUGGACUCACUCCUGGCGAGUGGCAUUCAUCUCAGAUUUGAGCACAAAGCAUUGACCCUCUGGACUCCUUUCUAUUUUCCCUUCCUUUCUAGGCUGCUCCUGAUUCCUGACCCCCUGACAUCAGUGAAGCCUUUCCAGCCAUCUUCCUAUAAAUUCCUAUAAAUCCAAUCGAAACAUCAGUUUCCUUCAACAUUUUCUUCCUGUCUGUGGCCCAAACCCUUUCUACUCUCUGACUUCCAUUUAAUAAGAUCAUGGUUCUUUUUAAAGCCCAGGCAGCAUUUUGGUCCCUGCUCCCCUCCCAUAGUAAAACAGCUUGAAAUGCCCUGUGCAAGAGGAUAGUUUUGAGUGGGCUGCCCUGCUCUCUAUUUUAAAGCGUGCACAAUCAAAGUACUAUGCAAUUUUAAGACAAUAAAGAUAGUACAGUUUGUUUGU